AUGCCAUCUAGAAACAGCAUCAACAAACCUAAAGACAACAUUCUCAGACGGCAAAAGCGCCAGUCGCUGGGGAAGAAGAGAGCUGGUUUGCGGAGCUCCUCCAGAGACGGCACUCCAAAGUCCACAGCCGUCGCGCUGUACACGGGUCCAUCACGUUCUGGUGUGACUACUACGACACUGUCUAACAAAAAGAGCAAAAAAAUCGAGAGAAACAAGAAGUACGCCAAAGCCCGUAAUCUGGAUACUGACCAACUGCUGGUGGACGCUCAAGCCAAGCAGGAGCAGAUGGAGAUCGACGAGGCCACGGAACAAGCCCAGGAGACCGUGCGAAGUGCCCUGUGGGCUGUGGUCGAGGACGCAGCAUCCAGCGGGUUUGCGUACGACGUUUCAGGCGAGGGCACUACAUUGGGGGGACCGCUGACUUUAUAG